AUGUCGGGUAAAGCUACUACGAGCGAUGAAUUACUUCAGAGUUUAUUCAACGAUAUUCAAAAAACUGGGCCGGUAAGUUGUCAUUACUUAUUGCCUUACUUGUUUAGGUUAAUGUUGUUGAACUAUUAAACGAUGAAACAAUAAUCCAUAAGAAGAAGGAGAAGAAAGCUAAAAAGGAAAAAGAUGGAGAAGAUGACAGUAAGAAACACAAGAAGAAGGACAAAGACAAAAAGAAAAGCAAAAAUAAGGAUAUUGAGGAUGAGAUGGAGCACAAGAAGGUAAGGUUGUAAUGUUUUGGUUUAUUAUUUGUUUAGGAGAAGAAGCACAAAGAUAAAAAGAAGGAAGCUGAUGGCCUAGACGUUGAGAAGGUGAAAAAGAAGAAAAAGGUACGAAACUUUAAGUUUGAAAGUAUUUUAAGUGAUUUUUAAUAUCCUUAUCUUCAAUUUUUACAUAUUUAUUGUUAGUUGACUUCGUUUUAAUUUUAGAGUAAAACUGAAUUGGAAGAGAAUGUAAAGCCAGAAAAGAGAGUACGAGAAUGGGACGUUGGAAAGACGGAAUCUUCAUUUGGUAGAGGAGAUAGACGAUCUGAGAGAGAUAUCAGUCCAAUCAGGACGAAACAACGUCGAUUGUCUCCUCAUUCUUUUCUCAGGAAUAGUAGAAGGACUACACCUCCGUACAAAAAUUUUAAUAGAAACUCUCGUAUUAGUAUAUCACCUAUAAGAAAUGGCAGAAGAAGCAUAUCACCGGAUAGAAGGAAGCGACGAUCUCCUGAACGAGUGUCUACAUUAAGAUCGCCAGACUUUCGUUAUCGCAAUGACAGGUAUUAUAUGUUUGUGUUUAUAGAUACUUUUGGUUUAAUUAGUGUAUGUUUUUCUAAUUCGACAUAGAGUGUAUGAAAUUACGAUAUUUAGGUAUCAAUCCAGGAGAAGUGGCUUUGGUUUUGCUAGAAACUCAAGGUCUAGGUCACGAUCAUGGUCGCCUAGAAGGUUUCAAAGGAGAAGAUCGCCAAAAAGAGAAGUUAAGCUAGAGGACAUGAAGAUCAACAAAGAAGAGUUGCUCGAGAUAGCUGAACGAAAUGCCUACAGAUUGGCUAUGGCCGGAAAGUUGCCCAAAAACUAUGACAUUUCAGCCAGUUUGCAAAAGAAGAGUAUAAAAGAGUUGAUAAGUGCGUUAUUUAUAAUAGCUAAUUUUUUAAUUUGACAAUGUGUUUUAAAUUUAAAAUUUUCAAAACAGUUUUUAAAAUUUUGAUAUUAUUUUUUUCAGAAUAUUGCGAAGAAAUCAAGUCUAAAAAGUUCAAUUUACCGCUGAACGAGUCUUUGGUCGAAGAAACUGACAAAGAUUUUGAUUUCACGACACUACCCGUUCGACCAGCCAUUAAACUUAACGUAGGCACGUCUAUGAAGCCUAAGUCAGCGUUAGAACGACUGAUAGAAGAAAGUGCGUUGAGGAAGGCGUUCCCAGUCUCUUCUGGAGAAGAAUACAGUGAUGCUACCGAUUGGCAACUUGUCCCAGUUGAACAUUCUGUCAUCACGGCAUUGAGCAGUAAAAAAGUUAAAGUAGCACCAGCUUAUUUGUUUUCUGACCCUCCUCCGCCUGCUCCGGUCCCACCACCACUUAAAAUGACAAAGGUAGGAGUAGAGAUUAAAUUUAAAGUUUUGACAUUAAGAUAUUGUUACAUUUGAUUAUAUUUUUAUUUUCAGCCAUUGCAUCCUGUACCUCCAUUAAUAGUCGACCCAAUUCUUGACUGGAGCAUUCUUCAACCACCCCCUCCUCCCUUUACCUGUGCCGCCUUUGAUGCUCCAGCAAUAACAAAAGAGAUGCCAGCUCUACCUAAAGUUAUAUCAGACUAUGGAGAGUUGUUAACAGAAGAGGAAAGGAGGGAAGUCUUGGAAGGCCCGCUUCCAGAAGAGCCAGUACCCAUGGAAAUAGAAGAAGGAGAGAUCGUACCUCCACCUUCAAGGUGGGAACCCAUGUCUUUGGCUGGAUUUGUGCCAGUAAAACGAAAAAAGAAGGAAGCUGAUAAUGACAAGGAGAACAACAAGGAAGACGAUAAGAAAGAUGAAGGUAAAACAAAGAAAAAGAAGGAAAAGGCAAAGAAGGAACGGUCCGAAGCUUCUAACAGUGAUAAAGAUGGGAAGCCUGGUUCUAGUCAAGAUAAUGAAAAAGAGGGAACAAAGGAUGAUGAUAAAGAAGUAGAGAAAGCAGAAGACACAGAAGGAGUAAUCAGAAGAACACUGGACUAUAUUAUCUUACAAAUUGAAAAAGAAUCAACGUCUUAUUCGAAUAUAGCGUUUACAUUGGACAAAGACGAGUUGGAGAUGCUGGAUGAGAUGUUAGAUCAAGAUGAAGCACAGAAAGACCAGAAACUUGUGGAUUACGACGAUGAGGACUCUUCAGGAGAGUCGUCGGGUUCAGAUAGUGAAGAAGAAGGAGCCACUUUAAUGUGUGAGAAUGACAACGAAAAGAUCAUUGGAAUUGGAGAGUCUGUAUUCGGAUCCUUCUUGGAGACUCCCAACUUUUCUUCUGACAUCUCCAUGAUGCCUGUUGUGGUAAGUGCGGCUUUUGAUAUUACUCUUGUAUUCAUUUAUAUGUUCUGCGUGUUAUCUAAUGUUAAUAUUGGUUUAUAACUUCUACGGUUUUCUGAGUAUUUUUAGGCCCCAGUUAAAUGUGGACAUCUCGUUGCUGAAAGAGUCAGGCUACAACAAUAUCUGAACGAGAAUCCUAAUGAUUUUGCGGCCAAGAUGGCGGUUGCUGACGUCGAAUUAAAGGUUUGUUUUUAGGCUGAUGAAUAUGCAUGGUAAUAUUCUUGAAAGUAACUACUGGUCGGUCGUCUGUUUGAUAGUAGGGUAUCAGUUUUUGUUGAAGGUUCACUUAUAAGUUUAAAAGGUUAUUGUUAAGUCCUACUACACAGACAAGGUAUAAUAUAAUGUGGUUGUUACUUUUAAGCGUAUUACCGUUACAGGUUUUUAUCAGUGGGUUGUUGGAGAAGUAUAUUGGAGGAUAUACGAAGAAGAUGAAGAUGCGAAAGAAGAAGAAGAGCUGACGAUAUUAUGGAUUAUAUUUUUUGUUUUAUGUCUGAUUAUUAAGAUUUGCGCGUAGCGUGUUACGAUGUGAUACUAUGGCGCGGAAAUGUUAAUGAUCAGACAUAACACACGGGCUUUUAGGUCGAUGUCAUCUGGCUAUGGAAGGAAGGGCUGGACUUGGCAGUGUACACUACAACUGGAACUCGGCUUCUAGUUCUUCGGUACUUUCAUUCUGAUUGCAGCUACUAUAACAUUAGAAAAUACAGAAUAAGGUCGCAAUUACUGUAAAAUAAGGUCACAAUUUCUGGAUAUUUAAAUUUGGCGUUUUCAUUUUAUUUUUGAAAUUAUGAACUUUUGAGAUAGGAACGUAUGAAUGGCCGCAAUCAAAAUGAAAGUAGACGAGUGACAUUAUUCUAAUUUUUUACAUAUUUUAACAUUGGGUUAAUAAUAUUUUUAUUACCUAAUUGAUAUUGUUUUAGUUGAGCAGAUGGGCCGAGAGCAAAGAAAAAGAUGCGGCCAGGUUUGGAGUGGCUCCCAUCAUGGAUGCCAACAUGGAAGUGCGGGUAACACAGAAUAGCGUUUGGGCUACCAAGGUAUGGGUCGAAAGUCAUUUUAUUGUUUAUUCAUUUGCUUAAUCUACUGACUAAUUUAAUUGAUUUGAUGAUUAUUUAACUGACGAAUACUUUACUGGGUUUUAACAUUUGUUGUAGGAUACGCUACGGAAUGCGCCACAGUUGACUACGGGUAUUGGCGCUCACCUUCUCCAGAAAAUGGGCUGGGUCCCUGGACUAGGAUUGGGCCGAAAGAUGAACGGACCAGUGGAACCUUUGAUUCUGGACGUGAAAUCUGACCGAAAGGGAUUGUACUCGACAGUACAGGACGUGAAACCUCCAAAACGGGAGAAAAUCGCCAAUUUGAAUGGUAUGUUUUUGCUGUCACUGGUUUAAAGAAAGUGGCCACUGACAUUACAAGGUGUAUGUUUAAUAAUGUGUUGAAGUUUCUUAUCGUUUUAGGCAAAAACCCGGUCUCGGUGAUAAUGGAGCAUUGCAGUAAGAAUGGUCUCCCUCCACCGUACUUUGAUCAGUACGAUGAAGGCUCCGAACAUCGCAAACGAUUCGGGUGCAAGGUAAGGGCUUGUUAAUGAUUAGAAAUAAUCUUGUUGGACCGAACCAUACUUAUUCUAUGGUUUUAAUUGUCUUUUUAGUCUUUCUUUGUGGCAUUACCUUUGUAAAACAGAAGUUCUUUAUCAUUUUACAAAUCUUUUUCAGGCAGUGCUAAACGGAGUCGAGUACAAUGCUGCUUGUGCGUCGACCAACAAGAAAGCGGCCAAAGCUCAAGUCUGUUUGAUUAUGUGUCGCGCUCUGGGGUUGGGAUGUUCCGAGUAA